CCCCCGUUCCCGUGCCAAACUUAUCCAGGCAAACCGACCGAGAGCCAACCCUGACACCUUCCAGAUGGCCAAGAAUGCCAAUCCCGUUGAAGCGCAUCGCAAGGCGAUGCGCAAAAAGGAGCUCAAACGAAACAAGGAAGCCAGAACCAAGACUAGGGAGGUCAUCACGCUCAAAAAGGAUACUGGUGCGCUAGAUGCAGAGGUCCGAAGACUUACUCAAGCAGAACAAGCCAAAGAGCUCGACGCGGCCGGUAUCGCUCGACUGAAAGAGGUCAAGGAGGAACUAGAGAGAGUUAAAAAAGCCAAGGCGGAUUAUGUCAAGGCGAACCCGGAGGCAGAGGAUCUCGUCUACAAGCGGGAAAAGGAGAGGGAAAAGGCUCGAUUGGCGGAAAGGCAAGCGACCGGACAGGGGGAUCGAGUGAGGGCGGCGCCGGGGAUUUCGAUUUAUGGAGUGAGGAGUGUGUUUUAUCACGAGGUCUUGAACCCUCUGGGACAUCCUCCGCCUGGGAUGUUUGAUCAGGAGAGACCAUCGGAUGAGAUGUUUGACGCAUCGUCGAGCGACGGCGAUUCAGAUUCCGACAUCGUGAUGCCCGAGGGAAGCCCUUCCCGGCAGCAAGGGGAUGAAGACGACUCGGAUUCGGAUGACAGUAUUGUCAUGCCUGAAGGGGAUGCACCGCCCGAGGCUAGAUUGGCUCCCCCGCCCAGUGCGCCCAUGUCGCUGAUGACCCCUGCAGGUCCUCCCAUGUUUGUCCCUUACCGACCGCCACCUUUCUACCCAAGCAACAAUUUCCGACCGCCAAACCAGCACCAAGGCUUUGGGACGGGUUCGAAUCACAUGCCGCUUCCUCCGCCUGGUUUCUUCCCAAACAAUUACAACAACAACAAUGGUCGUACACCGCAUUUCCAGCCUGGAUUCCGACCUCCCCAAAAUCGACCGGGCAUCAUGCAUCAAGAUCCUCUUUCGGACAUACCGCAUUCCACGUUCCAGGCGCAUCGCAUAGCUAAACAAGAAGGCGGAGCGACGACCGGCGAACAGGCCGGUCCCGGCGAUGCUGCUCCCGUCCCUGCAGCAGCGGUAAUCGAAGCAGCACCUCAGAUUCGAGAUCUACGUAAAGAGGCGGCAGCUUUCGUACCCCGAGCUGCCAAGAAGAAGAAGACGGUCGCUUCGGCCAUCCAGGUCAACGCUGCUCCACCGCCAGACGAUGACCCUGCUAUGGCCAAUGAAGAGCCCUCGCUGGUUGCUGAAGACAAGGAAGAAGGAAAACCCCCUGCUCCGGUCUACAACCCUGCUGCUGGCGGCCUUAUGGGCAAAUUGUCCGGUAUCCUCGGUUCGGCUCCGGCUAGUAGGACGACGGAUAAACCGAAAGAUGAUUAUCAGUCUUUCUUGGCCGGUCUGGAUAACCUCCCCCAGUGAGGCUCUGUGUUGGGGGAAGGGGCUGUCCUGCGUAUACUAUGUGACAGAGUAUGCUCGAAACAGUACAAUAUGCUUGGAUAAUCUUUUGCCUGGGGAGGCGGUCUCGCUUCGUGAAUCCGAUGCUCAAAUGGAGGGGAAACGGUUCCGAAUUUCGCUGUCUUGAUCUUCAGCCUGGGCCAGAGCCUGGAGUGCCUUUCGUCCCGUUACGAACAAGAGAUGCAAGCGAACCCCGAACCCUUGGAUCACGUACAGUUAAUGUGUGCUUGUGUGAUUGAAAGCUACGCCGACUCGCGGGUUUAUAAAAUCCAGAUUACGUACACGCCUCGUGAUCUAGUGAUCUAGUGAGCUAGUGACCGAUGUUGGA